UUUUCUUGUUCUGCUAUACUUCAAGUUUUGUGCCUUCCCAGAUGAAACUAACGUCAAAACUUAUAUAUACUGAAUAGUUCUACUUCGGGUGGGGUAUUAUUAAGCUUAAUUUCGAUCCUCCUCUUCGUUAAUUUUGAGAAUUAUGUACUCUCAUAUCAGAAGAACGCUGUGCUCCAAGCUCAUGAUCAAAUCGCCCUUGCCAAAACAAGGUAGACAUGGAAAAGAAGAUGCUGUGAAUAGCUUAAUGAGGAAGCCGAACGUGAAUGAGGAGUACAAGGAAGCCUUUAGGACAAAGUCAUACAUAGAAAUAUGCAACAAAGUCCAAGACCAACUUGAAUUGAGAUCAUUAACGUCGGGUGAUCUUGAUCUUGAUCAUGAUGAUGAAGAAGGACGACAGUAUCUCCAUCUCUCCGAGUAUUUGCUCCAGCCCCACCAAGAAACCCUAACUUCCAUGUUUGAUCACACCUCGAAUCACCACCAAUUUCUCCUCAACUACUUCAAGAUUAGCCUAGAAGCAACCAAAAUAUGCGAAUCCCUCCUCACAAACGUCCAUCAAGCACGCAACGGUUACCGUGCCAUAAAGACCGUGACGAAAUUGAUUAAACGAGUACCUGAUUGUGGAAAUCGGACUCACAACCAUUACCACAGAGUGUACAAAACCCUUGCUUCCUUUGCCCGACGUGGGAACCCCUUUUCAACAAUGGCCCUAGAGAAAUUCCUCGAGUUACACGAUAAGCACGUAAAUUUACUCCAAGAAUUAACAUCGCAACAUAGGAAGACAAAGAGGAGAACAAAAUUCAUUAGGCUCAUCAAGAGGGGUAUGACAAGUUUUAUAGUCAUGGCUUGUGGUGCAUUAGUCGUUGCAUUGUUGGUUCUUGCUAUGCAUAUUGCUACAGUGGGCUUGGUGGCUGCACCUGGAUUGGCGAUCAUAUGCGCUUUAGGCCUCUUCAUGAUGAAGAAAACGAGACGGGACGAACGAGAAUGGAGCGUUGCACGGCUGGAUGAGGUGGUGGAGCAGCUGGAUAUGGCAGCAAGAGGGGUGUACAUCAUGAUGAAUGAUUUCAACACGAUGAGUCGGCUGGUGAGGAGGUUACAUGAUGAGAUGGAGCACAGGAAAUUUGUGGCGGAGAUUUGUGUGAGGAAAGGGAAGAAUAAGAUGUUGAAGGAAGUAAUUGAGAGGGAAUUUCAAAUGCAUGAGUGUUGCUUCUUGGAGCAGCUGGAGGAGCUGGAGAAGCAGAUAUACUUGUGUUUUCUUGACAUAAAUAGAUCCACAAGGCUGCUUGUAAGAAAAAUGGUUGAGUGGUACUAAGUCGCUUGUUGGUGUUUGACGCUUUUGCAAAAGCUGGUUUUUUUAUUAUUUAUAUAUCUUGGAAAAUUGAAAUUGAUUAGAAUGAAGAUCAAUAUUUUUU